AUUCACAUGCUUAGACUGGGCCACAGGGUGUUCGUGUGUAGUUGGGAAUGUUUCCACACAGUCAGGCACAGGGCAGGAUUACUAUAGAAUGUUGGCGAACUAUCGUUGUGGAGGGGGAAAAACACGUAGAGCUGAGUCUGCGCGACGCAGGGGAUCACUGCCUACGAAGUUUAUCGGGCAAGACUACACCGACAAAUCCUAGGACACAUUCGACCACACUGUAGCCAUAUAAUUCAUGGAAACCUUCUGAUGGAUGCUGUCUAGAAGCCCUGUUUGAUUUAGUUUGUGAUUGGUAACAGCGAAAGUUUUCGAAGGAGGAGGGAUGUCGGAAUUUCUGCCAUACCCUUACAGAGGGCCCGGAGGUGCUUUGAUGCGCUUUAAGAAAAGGAAGUCACGGUUCACGUUCCAAGAGGUUGAACUUCUGCUCAGCGAGGUGCAGAAAAAACGGCAUAUUCUAGUUGGAAAGUUCAACAGGGGCAUUUCGAAGGAACUGAAAAACCGCACUUGGGCGGAUCUGACAGCACGUAUCAAUGAGGUCAGUGAGUGUCACAGAGAAAUUAUUGAAGUCAUCAAGAAAUGGGCAGACCUCAAAUGCGACACCAAACGGAGGGUGGCGGCCAUGAGGGCAUCGGGAGCCACGGCUACCCACAUCGCACAAGAGCUGUCACCCAUAGAAACCAUGGUGCACCAGAUCCUUCAGAUGUCUAACCUUAACAAAAAUGUGAGCAGUUUGGCAAUUGAUGACCAAAUGGAUGACGAAGACGAAGACAUUCCAGGUCUCUCUGAGAUCCCACAUAGCUCGUCACACAUGGCAAAUGGCGGGCCUCAUUCGUUUAGUUUACCAAUGCCACCUCCUUUCCUCACUAGUAUCCCAAGCAAAGGAGAUAUGGUGCUUCCCACACACAUGAUGUUUAGCGAUUCAGCAGUGCCUCUUAUAGACCUCCAGACUGGCGCGUCAGAAAAGGAAGGUGGUAACAUGCAGUUUAUUGAAACAGGAAACCAACCAAAUCAGAAUCCUGUUGUUAUCCCUGGAUUCCUCAGCCGUCCCAUUGCUGAGAAGAACCAAGUUCGAGAAAAACCUAAUCACAACACAUUUAACGGGCCUUCAGCUGCCAGGACCUCAACAUUUAUUGCACCUUCUGGGGCCGCCUCAUCAUCACGUUCAGCUCCUGUUCGAAUCCCUCCCCAACCUGCUUCCGUGGAACCCCGCAGUCUGCAGGAACGUCUAUCCCAGAGUGCCUCACUCAGCCUGCAGGAACAGCAGGGCACCACACUGCUGAUAGGGUCGCUGUCUCGCUCGCUGGAGUCGCUUGCGGAGUCAGUGCAGAAAUUAGUCCACACCCAGCAGCAGUAUUCACGUGACACCUUACAACUGCAGCGUGAAACACUCCACGUCCUACGUGACUUCUCCUCCAACGCCUUGACACUCCUGCAGGACAAGUUCAACGGACAUCCAUAGCUUCUGAACACCGCAACGCUAUCGACUGCUACAACUGGGAGCAAGUUACAUAAGCGGUGAAUGCUAAUAGCACAGAAAAUACAAUAAGCUGAGGAUAUUGUGACACUAGAGUAUAUGGCAAUCUUUAAAUAUCUUAUAUAUUGAGUUACAGAGCUGACAGGACUAAAAAGUUUUCCCUGUUUAUAACCUAAUAACCAAAAUGAGAAGCAUUGGGAGCUGAAAUAGGUUCUUUGUAGAGUUCCUCAUAUGUACUGAAUGAUAUUUUCAGUAGAUGACUGGGUCUCAUAGACUGUUUGGACCAAUUAUGUGCUGUUAUACAGGUAAUAUAAUAGGCAAAAUGUAUUUAAAUUGACUGGUAAUUUAAGAUAAUUAUACUUGUGGUGCUUUUUAACAUAUUGCGAAGUGGCCAUGAAGUUGGGUGGUUUUAAUUUAUCUAAUCUGAUUUUACAGUCUUCUUUAUUUGGGUUUGUUUUUCUGAAAUUCUUUUAAAUCAGUUUCUGGCUCAAGCAUUGCUUGACAGACCUGCUGUAAAUGUUUUAAUCUUUUAGCCAAUGUGCAUUAUCUGUUAUUAGUAGUUUCUCUUCACUUGACUUUCCAAAGACUCGUUAGUGUGUUUUUUUUUGUUCUCCAGAUGCGAUUUUGAAUAGUGAUUGAAGGCACAUUAUCUUAGAUGUAGCUCCUAUGGACCUGUGUUUGAUCUCCCAGAAAUGAAAAGUCAGCACACUGUCAAAAGAUGUCUCCUACUUUAAAACCCAAUGUCAAAGAUGAAAAUAAAAUGUAUAAUUUGAAAU